AUGCCACCAAAGUCGGGCGCCGCCACGCCUUCGUCCGAGAUGGACACCUCAGACCCCAUCGCCAUCGUGGGAAUGGCCGUCCGGCUUCCCGGUGGUGUGAAGAACACAGAAGACUUCUGGAACCUGAUGAUGAACAAGCGUAGCGGUCUCAUCCCCAUCCCGAAAGAAAGAUGGAACAGCGAAGGCUUCUACAGUCCCGUUGCGAAAUGGGGAACUGUUCAGAACAAAGAGGCAUACAUGUUCAGCCAAGCUGACAAUGACCUUACCAAGUUUGACGCAUCUUACUUCACAUGUGGUGAGAAGGAAAUCGAGCGCAUGGACCCUAUGCAAAGACAGCUGCUGGAGAUUGCGCGCGAAUGCCUUGACAAUGCCGGCGAAACCAACUGGCGCGGCCAAGAGAUUGGCUGUUAUGUCGGCAACUUCUCAUCAGAUUGGCAAGAUGACUUGUCAAUGGACCCCCACGCUUCUGGUCUAUACCGUGGAUCAGGCUACCUUGACUUCUUGCAGCCUAACCGUGUGUCGUAUGAGUAUGGCUGGACUGGCCCGAGUAUGCUUGUCAAGACAGGAUGCUCUUCAUCUAUGGUCGCUCUACAUUUAGCUGCUGAGGCCGUUCAAAAUGGUACCUGCAAGUCGGCAAUGGCUUUGGGAUGCAACCUCAUCACAUCAGUCAUCACAUCCAUCGUCUUCACAGAAACUGGUGUUUUGUCUCCCAGCGGCAAAUGCAAGACCUUUGAUCUGCUUGCCGAUGGGUAUGGCCGCGGUGAAGCUGUAAACGCUGUCUACGUCAAAAGGUUAAGCGAUGCUCUACGAGACGGCAACCCAGUCAGAGCCAUCCUUCGAGCAAGCGGCACCAAUAAUGACGGUCGGUCCAACGGAAUUAUGAGUCCGAACACUUACCUGCAAGAGGCCUUGAUUCGAAAGACUUACGAAAAGGCUGGUCUACCAUUCAACAAGACGGCCUUCUUCGAGUGCCAUGGCACUGGUACUCCUACUGGUGAUCCGCUUGAGGUGGCCGCAGUUGCUCGAAUCUGGAAGGAUCACGAUGGUGUGAUGAUUGGCGCUGUUAAACCCAAUGUCGGACAUUCAGAAGGUGCGGCAGGUUUGACAAGUGUCAUCAAGGCAGUCCUCGCAUUGGAAAAUCGAGUUAUUCCGCCAAAUAUCUACAUGGAAAACCCCAAUCCAAGGAUUCCAUGGGAUGAGGCCAAGCUUUCGGUUCCAACCGAGCCAACUUUCUGGCCCGUAGACAGAGACGAGCGUAUCAGCGUCAACUCUUUCGGUGUAGCUGGCUCUAAUGCUCAUGUCAUUCUCGAGUCGUACGAGGGUUGGCAAAAGCUUCAAGAUGAUGCCAGCUCCAUUAGCUCGGACUCCGGCGUCAGCGUUCGCUCCCCCGGCCAGCGACUCUUAUUGUUCUCUGCUGCGCACUUGACGUCUCUCGAAAAGCAAGUGGAUCAACACAAGCAGUACAUUGAGACUAAGAGUGCUGAUCUUGAUGAUCUCGCUUACACGCUGGGCCACCAUCGCGACCACCUCAGCUGCAGAGCCUAUGCCAUAGCUAACGAAGAGGGCGUUUUUGACCCGAGCAGCUUCAAGCGCAAGCCAACCACCGCCCGGCGACUCGUUCUGACCUUUACUGGACAGGGUGUGCACUGGGCUGGGAUGGGAAAGUCGCUGAUCGAAACCAACGAGGUGUUCCGAGACUCCAUCAAGAAGUUGGACGUGUGGCUCCAGUCGCUUCCUGAAGAACACAGACCAGCCUGGACCUUGGAGAAGGAGCUGUCUAUCGACGAUGGCUCUAGCAGGGUUGGUCAGCGAGGUUAUUCUCACCCAUGCGCAACUGCCGUACAAAUCGCAUUAGUCGAUGUUCUCGCUAGCCUUGGGGUUCGUCCUGAUGCUGUUACUGGCCACUCUGGAGGAGAGGCUGCUGCUGCGUACGCUGCCGGUAGUGUCACGGCCGAAGCUGCUAUGGCAGUUGCCUACUUCCGUGGCUGGCUCUUGGUCAACGGCACUGUCCCGCCUGGCACUAUGGCUGCUGUCAGCCUUGGUCCGAAGGAGGUUGAGCCCUUCUUGAUUCCAGGUGUGGUUAUUGGCUGCGAGAACAGCCAUCUCAACUCCACCUUAUCAGGCGACCCUGUUUGCAUUCAACACUGCGUUGACCAGAUCAUGCGUCGCCAUCCCGAUGUCAAGGCCAAAGUUUUGAAUUUAGAGACAUCCUUCCACUCUCCAUGGAUUGAGCCUUUGGCUGGGCCGUACGAGGAGCUUCUGAAGCCAUACCUCGCUGGUGCCAAGGCUCCGACCGUGCCUCACUUCUCCAGCGUCACUGGUCUUGAGAUGACCGAAGCUGACUUUGGAGCCAACUACUGGCGCCGCAACUUCGUCCAGCCUGUGCUGUUCAAUACAGCGAUGAGGGCGAUCUUGAGAAGCAACAAUAGCAACCUCUUUGUUGAGGUGGGCCCCCACCCGGCUCUUCAACGCCCCAUCAGUGAGAUUCUCCGGAGCGUGCCUGAGUCUUCCUGCGAGUACAUCACCACUCUCCGCCGUGCUGAAGACACCAACCUGUCUUUGCUCCGUCUAGCUGGGGAGCUCUUCGUGCAAGGAGCUUCGGUCGAUAUGUCCACUAUCAUCCCCAAGGGCAGAGUUUUGACGGACCUGCCGACUUACCCUUGGCUCCACGAUGUGACCUAUAUGGAUGAACCUCGCAAUCCGUCCCGUUACAAGCAAAGAAAGCAUACCAGACAUGUUCUUCUUGGGGCUAGGGUUCUCGAAGGCAAUGAUAUUGAGCCUGCCUGGCGAAACAUGCUUGACCUCAAGGAAGUUCCUUGGUUAAUGGACCACAUCGUCAACGGGCAAAUCGUUUUCCCUGGAGCUGGCUACAUGGCAAUGGCAGGAGAGGCCAUGCGCCAAGUGGCUAAUGGCUCAGAUGCGUACACCAUUAGGGACAUGUCAAUCAUCACUGGUAUGACAAUUCCCAAAGAGAAGAAGAUGGAACUAUACACGCGCAUGAUUCCGGAAGACAAGCCCAGUGACGAAGGCCAAUGGUACAAUUUCAAGAUUAUGUCCUACGAUGGACACGCCUGGGUCACGCACUGCUCCGGUUUCAUCCGCUCAGGAGCUGAGGCAGAGAAGACUUCCAUCACAAGCGCUCAGGCCGAGCAAGAGUUUGCUCGCGAGAUUGACGCUGAAGGCUGGUACAAGGCCGUCAAGGCUGUCGGCAUUGACUGGCAGACCGCUUUCCAAGGUCUUGAGCAGAUCACCGCGAACACAGUCAAGAGGGAAGCCACGGCGACAGUGUAUGACUUUGAAGACACAACUCAUUACGCUGCUCAUCCGACACUUUUGGAUCAAAUGCUUCAGAUCAACCUCGUGGCGCAAACACAUGGCCAGAAGCGGCGUCUGGACAGCAUCCUGCUUCCCACCUUUAUCUCGCGACUGGGUGUUCUUGGGAACCAAGACCUAUGUAUGAGGGCAUAUGGCAGUAUCCAGGAGGAUGCUAAAAGUAUGACCGCAAACGCUGCCAUUUACACAGAUGAGGGUCGGCCUACGGUGUAUUUGGAAGGUCUUUCCUACUCUGAGCUACCUGUCGCCAAGCGUGAAGAAGUUCUUCUUGGAAGUACCUUUGAGUGGAGAGAGGACAUCACUAUGCUUGACUCCCUCGCAGAAGUCGGAACUGCCAACUCGGACUUUACCAAGGACAUUACCGAAGCAAUCUCUCUCCUCGGCUUCAAGUCUCCAGACUCGAAGGUGUUGGAGAUCGGAUCUGGAUCAACCGACGUUAGUCGACUUGCCCUGAAUGCUUUGCAACCCACCCAGCACAAGCGCCUUUACUCCGAGUACACCUAUGUGUGCACCUCUGAGGAGCAGGUUGACCAACUCACCGAGGCAAUUGCAAGUCUGGAACGCGAAAGCGUCUCGGUCGUUGAUCUCGAGCAGCUUUGCAUGUGCAACACGACUGACAUUGUCUUCUUGUCGCUUUCCACCUUGUUGUCGGAUGACCGCUACUUGCUUGAUGAUUUGACGGAACUGAAGUCACUUCAGACUGCUGGAAGCCGGAUGAUUGUCCACAACGACGGCAUUCCGACCAGUGGUACUUCUGAGAGUGAGAAGAUUAGCCACAGACUGAACAGCCUUGGCUACGUCCUUCAUUCACAAACAACGUCUGGUCUGAUACUCGCUGAGCCAGUGAAGCGUACCGAGAUCGACAAGAGCACCAAUAUCACCAUUCUGGCCCAUGACUCAAAGGAAGGCAUUGCCCUUGCCAACGGCGUCAAGUCUCAAUUCGAGUCCAAGGAAUUUGCUGUACAAGUCUGCCACCAGCACACGGUUCCAUCUGAUGGCUCUUUGGUCAUCUCACUCUUGGAUCUUACUGGGAACACAAUUUACAACCUGAGCUCCGAGACCUUUCGGCCUUUCAUGGAUAGUCUUUGCACCUUCCGCGGUUCUCUCAUUUGGGUCAUCCCCACCGUUCAUGGCGCUUGCAAGGAUGCCAAGCCAGCCAUGAUCCAGGGCACUGCCAGAACUGUCCGCAUGGAGAACAAGGUGGACAUCACUCUUGUCGAGGCUGAUGACAUUUCGGUAUCUGAAAUCGGUAUUUCAAAAGCACUACUCAAUAUUGUGCAGAGUCUACCAAACCGUCGCAAAGGCGGAGAGUUGGACGCGGACUUUGACUAUGCCAUCGUGGGCGGCAAGGUUCAAAUCCCUCGAAUGUACUGGUUCGGCUUCUCGGAGCCCGAAGUCAACAAGGCUCUUCCAUCAACCAAAGAAGCUUCUGUGUUCCGGGACGAUGUCUCAUACCUUCUCAUUGGUGGUUUUGGUGGUCUUGGUCGAUCUGUGGCUACUUGGUUGCUCGAGCAUGGAGCCCGCAACCUCGUCUUCCUGUCGAGGUCCGCUGGCAGUGCUGAAAACGAACCUUUCGUGAAGGAGCUCGAGAGCUAUCCCGGCUCCAUCAUCAAGACAGUCUCCGGAGACGUCAGCAAUCCCGAUGAUGUACUCAAAGCAAUCAAUGAAGCUCCCAAUCCUGUUGCUGGAGUGUUGCAGCUGUCCCUCAUUCUCAAGGAUAACUCCACUGCUGAGAUGACUUGGGAGGAGUGGAGUGGAGUGAUUAAUCCUAGGGUUCGUGGUACCUGGAACGUCCAUCAAGCGCUUCUGGAUGCGAACGUUCCACUGGACUUCUUUGUCGUCUUUGGCUCCGGUGGCGGGCACACAGGUUACUAUGGCCAAGCCAACUACAGUGCGGCGAACACUUACCUCGACGCUUUUGUUGAGUACCGCCAUCACCUCGGUCUUCCUGCCUCCAUCAUCGACCUUGGGGUGGUUGGUGACGUCGGAUAUCUUCUCGAGCGGGAUGAUCUCUACGAGGGAUUCAAGAAUGGUGGCUUCUUCUUCUUGAAGGAGCAAGAUGUUCUCGACUCUACAGCUAUUGCUGUGGCUAACUCCUUCGGAGGGCCGUACAGCAGCUUCUGUCUUGGAGGUCUCUCUGAGAAGCCCCUUUCUGACCCAUCCAAUCGUGUCAAUUGGAAGAGAGAUGUUCGUUUUGCUCAGUCUCACUAUUUCCACAAGGUGAAUACCGCAAGCUCUGGGGAGACCAAGGAAAAUGAUGAGGCCGAGACAUUCAUCUCGCUCGCCAGAUCCGAUCCCGCUACUCUCCGAGACAGCACAACGGUCACCAGCCUCGCUCGCUUCAUCAGUGCCACUCUCAGUCACCUUAUGCUGAGGCCAGUUGAGGAUUUCCCCCUUACUGAGAAUUUGACCUCGAUUGGUUUGGACUCCAUCAUUUCGAUUGAGUUAGUGGACUGGAUCCAUCAGCAAUUCCACAUUGGUUUGACUUCCAUGGAAGUCACGCAGUGCACUUGCCUAAUGCAUCUCGCUGAGAAGAUCAUCGAAGAAGUCAUUUCAUCCGUGUAA